UUCGUCAUGCACUGAGAUCCUGCAGCGUCGCCUGGCCCUGCAUUUUCCCUCCUCUUACGAGUAAAAUAAAUCUGAGGCCACCAUCGUCGCCUCCCCUCCAAUGCAGACACGAUGAUGCACAGAAGAUCCCAGUCCGAGGCCUCCCUGCGCCUCUUCCCCAGUGACCUGGCCGGAUUCGGCCCGGAGGCCGCUUUUUCCGGCGCUCCCUCCGAUGCGAACGUCGUCGGAAUGCGUGGCUCUGACGAUGGUGGUGGGGAGAGAGAUGAGGAUGUGGUGGAGGAGGAGGAAGAAGAAGGCGACAAUCUGUUCUGCACCUUCAUGGACAUCGAGAAGCUCGGGUCGUCCACCACUAGCAACGAUUCAAAGUCUGGGGAUGGGAAGAAGGCGGUGGAGAUCUCGUCAAAGGAUUAUCCCAAUGUGGGUGCUGGUCAGGAUGGUGGCGCCACCGGGUCGGCGGCGAUGGCGGGGCCUGCGAGGAACGCCAGGCAUCGGCACAGCAAUUCGGUUGAUGGGUCGUCUUGCUUGAGAAUGGACGGCCUGUUUGGAGACGCGGCGGAGGUGAAGAAGGCUAUGUCUGCUGAGAAGCUCGCCGAGCUCGCCGCGGUCGAUCCGAAGAGGGCCAAGAGGAUUCUUGCUAAUCGUCAGUCUGCUGCUCGAUCGAAAGAAAGAAAGGCUCGAUACAUAUUGGAACUUGAGCGCAGGGUUCAAACUCUUCAAACGGAGGCCACUACUCUUUCAGCACAGCUCACCUUAAUUCAGCGAGAUACAACCGGAUUAACAAGUGAGAAUGCAGAACUGAAGCUUCGGUUGCAAGCAAUGGAACAGCAAGCUCAGUUACGUGAUGCUCUUAAUGAAGCCCUUAGGGAGGAAGUACAAAGACUCAAGAUUGCCACAGGCGAAAUGUUGCCAAAUUCUGCUGAUUCAUUUAAUGUUGGUGGACACCACAUGGCUAUGAAUCAACCGUUUUUGCCUGGCAGACAUCAAACUGUUCAUCCUAACAUGCUACCCCCACAGUUUCAUCCACCUCAGUUUGCCAUGAAUAAUCAAAUGCUUGCACAUUCUCAUGUGCUUUCUGAGAACAUGCAUCCGGAAUCCCUUAGCCGCAUGCAGGGUCUUGAUAUUAAUAGGGGUCCGCAUGUUAAAUCAGAAGGAUCUUCAAUCUCAGCAAGUGAAAGCAGUACUACUUUUUGAGUUGGUUCCUCAAAAUCUGCUACAGAUUGUUCUCUUGUGCAUAUCCUUAUGCCCGUAAUCUUUUCAUCUCAUAAGCUUAGUUUGAUUUUUUUAUUUGUCGUUCAUCCCCAUAGACCAUAGCCUUUUCUUCUACCAUUCUCAUUGAGUGGGGGGCUGUAUCUGCCCUAGAUUGUGCUAAUGUAUUCUGUUCUCUUGUCUGUUUAUUGUAUCAAUUCAUCUGACAACUGAAACUAUGGGGAACUGAACUAUAGCGGAUUAUUUUUAUUCGGAACCGCUUUUUUGUUUUCAAUUUUCUUAUGCUGUGUGAAUAUUUAAAGAAGGAUGGAGCAAUUUGUUGUCCUUGUAUGGGACAGAUUUCAUGUCUAAUGGAGGGUUCUGAGAAGUCGGGCUUUGGGGUGUCAUAGUGGAAGUUGCUCUUUGUUCAGGAUUUUUUUUCCUCUUUGUUUUCAAUGAGUUGCUUUGGAUUCAUAAUGCAUGUAUUUGGAUUUUGUGUGAACUCUUAAUGUAACCAUCAAGGUUUCUUAUUUAUGGAUUCAUCAGAGCUUA